UAAGCAAUCUAGAGAUCAAUUAAAGGAUACGGAAGGAUGUACAUAGAUUAUAUGCAAAUACUAUGUAAUUUUAUAUAAGGGACCUGAGCAUCCAAGGAUUUUGGUAUCUGUGGGGGGCCAUGGAACCAAUCCCCCUGGAACUGAGGGAUAGCUUUAAUGCUGAGAAACAAAACUGUCUUGGAAAGAGGGGAGGCCCAGGACUUGGACCUGCCAAGGAGCUGAACCCAAGGGCAAGAGCUGCAGGCAGCUGGGCUGGAGAGGAGGAAGGAGGUGGCUUUGUUUCCAAGUGCCCCAGAAGAUCCCCUCGUCCCCCUGCAUCCCCAACCUCCUUUCCUUUUUCCUCCCUGGUCUGCUCCCUUCCUUCCUCUCCUCCUCUUGGGAGGUGGCCAGGGACAUAGGCCAGUGCCUGGCUCCGAGGAAGACACAUGCAGUUUGUGGACAGGUCUUGGGAUGCGGACACCAGAGUCUUGUGUACCUUCCUGGGGUGUUGCCCACUCCGGUACCCACUCCCUAAUCUCCCCUCUUCUUCCUCCUCAUCCUCUCUUGUAGGAAGUAGAGGAUGGGGAAUCCCCUCAGGGAGGAGGGCAGUGACUCUGGGUUUGCCUAGGGCUAGUGGCCUCUCACCGACCUGCGCCCUUGUACCUGUCACCUGGGCAAACAGUGAUUGCGUCAGCUUUGGUUUCUCAUGGGUGGGCAGCCUUGGGUGUCUGCCGGAAUGUAAAGAGCCUGGAGCAAGGACACGGGAAUCCGAAUCCCGUUGAGGUCCCAGGACCACUGCAUCCUUCUUCCCUGUGCCUCUCCUCCCCAGCAUGAGCACAGCAGCCUGAUGGAGAAGGAUUUUCCAGUGUUAGAGCUGGAGAGAACACCUGCAGCCUCUCUCCACCGUUUACAGGGGUGCUGGAAGUGAAAAGAUGUGUUCCUGGUCACAGGCAGGUAGACAGCAGAGCCAGACUGAAGUGAAGUGCACUCCUCCUGAUUUGGAGUUUAGAGCUCUCCUUUGGCAACAUUUUGAUGAAUAAAAUCACAAGUUCUGUGCCUUUUGAAAUUCCUUGUGGAGCCUAGUGCCAUCCUCUGAACUUGGAGCCAACUGACCUUUGUCUCUGGGGCAGAGACAUGGUCCAUGGGCCCAAUCCAGGUCCUCAAAGGGAGGGCAGGUCUGAGCCCUUGCCCUGUGAAGUGAGAAACCUCAUCUCCCACUACAGACCUGUCAGGGCCCAGGAGAGCUCAACCCACCCUGGCACACCGUAACAGCAGAGAUGACUCAGGACACAGAAGUGUGGAAGCAAAUGUUUCAGGAGUUAAUGCGGGAGGUGAAGCCAUGGCACAGAUGGACCCUGAGACCAGACAAGGGCCUUCUUCCCAAUGUCCUGAAGCCAGGCUGGAUGCAAUACCAGCGGUGGACCUUCGCCAGGUUCCAGUGCUCCUCCUGCUCUCGUAAUUGGGCCUCUGCCCAGGUUCUGGUCCUUUUCCACAUGCACUGGAGUGAGGAGAAGUCCAGGGGCCAGGUGAAGAUGAGGGUGUUUACCCAGAGAUGUAAGAAGUGCCCCCAACCUCUGUUUGAGGACCCUGAGUUCACGCAAGAGAACAUCUCAAGAAUCCUGAAAAACCUGGUGCUCCGAAUUAUGAAGAAAUGCUAUAGAGGAAGAUUUCAGUUGACAGAGGAGGUUCCUAUGAUCAAGGACAUCUCUCUUGAAGGACCACACAAUAGUGACAACUGUGAGGCCUGUCUGGAGGGCUUCUGUGCUAGGUCCAAACAGGUUACAAGCCUCACCCAAUCUCAGACCCCAAGAGUAUACUCCAUUUACAAGGUGGAGGAGGGAGUUGAGCCCUGGGCCUCAAGAAAGAAUGUCUGUUCCUACAUAUUGCAGAACCACAUCUGUAGGAACGUAAGCAUUUUCUGCUGUUGUGUCAUCCUCAUUGUUAUUGUGGUGAUUGUUGCAAGAACUGCUAUAUGAGCCUUGGAAACAUGAUGCUAAAUCAGAAAAAAAAUCAUAUACAAAAAGUCAUAUGUUAUAUGAUUUCAUUUAUGUGAAAGGUCCAGAAUAGGUAAAUCUAUUAGAUGAAUUGCUAGCAGGGCAGGGGGGUAGUGGGAGAUGGGAAGCAGCUGCUUAAUCCUGAUGGGGUUUCUUUUGCAGGGGAGAGAGGUGUGAUGCAAAUGUUUUGGACUGACAUAGAGGUGUGCUUGCACAACACUGUCAAUGCACUAAAUGUCAUUGAACUGUUCACUUUCAAUGGUUACAUUUGUUCUGUGACUUUCACUUCAGGAUUUUAAAAAAAGACCUUCACAAUUGUGUUCACUCUCUAGAGAACUGAGUCUGAAGUGUCUAUGAUUCACAAACCAUUUGGAAAUCUUGUGAAGCCUGUGGGCCCCCUCACCAGGGAAUUUUGCACAGACCCUCUGAGGU